AUGGCAAACUUUGGGGAUCCCGACAAUCAUCAUGAUGUGAUCGAGCCAGUCCCCAUUGAAGCAACAAUCCCACCUUUUGACCUGGAAAAUCCACAGGCUGAGGAGGCCUAUGGAUCAGUAAGGCAGGAUGUGAUUGCUGGGGCCAUGAUAGGCACAAACAAUACUGCCUCCACCAUCCGUGAACGAGACCGCUACUAUCGGAGGGCUGAACAACUCUUGAAGCUCAGCCUCCUCCAAAGACUCUAUGAAGAGGGAAGUGGUGCAAAGGCAUUACGCCUCCUAAAGAUGAAGAACAGACUGGAUGUCGACGCAAAGUUUUACAAACCUGGAAAUUCCGCUCUCUUUACAUACCGGAUGGAAGGUCACCAUAUUGACUUCUCACUCAAAGUCCCUGAUCGCAUGGGUUUUGAUGUCAUCCUCCCUCCCCCCUCCAUUGGUGUGAACACCACCUGGUGUUUCAACCUGAACUUGCUAGGAUCCGUCCGGCCAUUCUUGAACCACAGAGGCGACCUUGGUUUUGACCCAACAGGCAGAAUGCUGUUCAUUGGGACACACAACCAUGACAACGUCUUCCUUGCAAUGGCACCACGGACCUUUGUUGAGGGCGAUGAUGAGCCAGUGGCACCGGGGACUCAAUCUGGGCCCACGACGAUGACUCACACUCAUGUCCGGAUGGCAACAUGCAUCAUUCUCUGGGCAAUGGGCCGCAUUCCACACCGAGACUAUUCGACACACAGCCUCUAUAUCGAUUUGGGUGAAAGACUUGACAAGUACAGAGCCAUCGCGGAUUGGGUCUCGAAACAAUCUUUCAAGGCAAUGCUAAACCUCCCAGAUGUCCGCUCCAUGCAUGACACGAUGCAGCUUUAUGAAUCUCAUUUCUUUUCCAAUGCGCCCGAAGAAUGGCAUGAUGACCCUUGGUUUGAGGAAUCAGUGCCCCUGAUUGUUUCGAUGAAGUAUGGUCAAGACCUUCCUCUGGAUACAGAAAACUUUCAUCAGACGAUCACAACAUUUGACCACAAUAAUUCCUUUGAGCACAUAUCACGAUGGAGCUUGGCACUUGCAAGCCACCUGCGUGCUCUUCCUGUGGCGAAAAUGCAGAACAUUGAUCCAGCUACCAUCCUAGAAGCACGUGGAAUGGUAUUUGAUGAGAAUGAGCAAGAAAUUACGGAUCUUGCCAGUCUUCCCUAUGAGGAUAUAGAUGGAAAGGAGAUCAAGAUAUUUGAUUUGGAGGGGACACUCGUUCCACGAAGAGUCCCAUUCUUCAGUCCAACAGCCCCAGCAGGAGGCCCACUAUUCCAGUUGGACAAUGUCACCUCAAUGUUUGAUCACUUCCACCAUGGGGACCGGAGUGGCCAUGUCGAUGUGUCCAUAUAUCCCCAAGCCUUCAUGACACGGUAUGGGCAUUUACAAGCCAAUACUGUCCUCCCUGAAUUCCACCAGGCAGCACAAGCCAUCAACAGUGGUCUACUAUCUCGUGAGAGGCCAGUGCAGACAUCUAGGGACCAUGACAGUCCGGUGGGACAGGAUGAGGAGGAUCCAGACUAUCAGCCCUCAAACCGAUCAUCACCAUCGGAUGAUGAUCAACCGCUUGCUGGAGAAGAACUGGAUGAGGUUGAGGACCUGCUGCAUCAGCAUGCGGUGGAGCCAGUCAAAGGGGUCUUCUUCCAGGGAUACAAUCUUCUCCAGCAUCGGAUUGCACGGCGAUCAGGAGGAGCAGAAACCAUGCAUGGCGUGGUCACUGCAGCUCUUGCUGGAGAUUAUGCCCAACACACUGAACGUGCGAAAGCUGAAGAGAUGUUUUCGAUGAAGGCCAAGCUCAACUCGGAUGUCAAACCACCAACUGAUCUCCGGCUAGAGAACUAUUGGACUGUAAACUUUACAGGCAUUGCCGAGAAGAAGCGGACUGGAAGUGGUACUGAAGUUCAUAAUAUUCUGAAGGUUCUUCAACAAACAUACCUUUGGACAACCUAUCCUCUGUUCUGGGGCAUUGAUCACAUAUACCAUUGCGAGGUCCAAUGCAAAAAAGAGGGACACCCACCAAACCUGCUGCGGCGCGAGUUGGUUUCUGCCCUUGAACGGGCUGGAAGUUUUGGGUUUUGUGGAGCAGGCAGAGUGUUAUCCACAUAUGUGAUGGACCCUCUGCUGCUAUCAGUGGGGAUCAAAGAAACUGGAUUCCCAUCUCUCAGUGACGUUGUCAGCAUCCACCCAGAACGCAUGGAAAAGAUUGAAGUUGAUGCUUCUAAAUGGCCUCGAGAUCCUGAUGGGGUUCCACGUUUUGCUUCAAAGCGUGUAGUGCUUUAUCACUAUUCCCAGAGCACAUAUGAAAGAAUAAAGGCAACCUGCUUCAUUGAGCUGAUCCACAAGGGUAUCCAUACCGAUAUCAGUCUUACCUCCCUCCCACUGCCAAGGGAGAAGAAAGUGAUCCGAUCACUGGCAAUUUAUGCAGUUGAAACACUUGAGAAGGAUGCCUUGUAUGAGAUUGAAAAAGGAAUCAAGAAAUUCAUCCAAGGAUGCUUACCCACAGCAGAUCAAGAGCAGCGACAACGCCUGAAGCGUCAAGAAGACUCACUCAAGGCACUAGUGCAGUGUCAGCACCCAUUUGACAAUUCCCGCAAUGCUACAGAACGUCAGAUUCUUGCACUCGCCACCUCCAGCCAGACCAUUCACACCAUAUUAAAAAACCUCCCUCACAUGGAUGUCUAUGAAUGGGUCCGGCAUCUGUAUGACAUGGUUUCUCCCCCAGACCCAGCUAAGGAGACAUCAAGGAAGAGCACAAGUUCACGUCUGGGUGCACCCUUGUUUCAAGGAGGGUCUGCCCAAGAGGUGCUGAUGCAAGUGUUUGCAGCAUUGCGGGAACUUUCCACUGGCUAUGGUUCCUGGCAGGCACAACGGGAGUUCUGCAUUGAGGCCAUCGUGUACCAGAUGGAUUUAAGUCGCAUCUACCGAUACCCUCAUUCUCACACCUAUCCCUCUGGGAGGCAAAGUCUUUGGGCUCAGUAUCAUUCAUGGGUGGAUUUGGUGUACCCAACCCAGAGCCAAAGAUCAAUGCAUUCUGACACAAUGACUGAUCCUGAUCGCCUUGCUGCUAGGAUUGCCAGCACCCAGAUUGCAGACAGCAACCCACAGGCAUCAUGGAAUUGGAUGGAGACAAAGCUGUCUGACCUUACAUGGAUUGUCAAGCGGUCUCGACUCCCACUGGACUGGAUUCAAGCAGAGCAGCUGGAGAACCCAGUGUGCAAUGAACUGACAGAGUGGCUCAAAGAAAACUAUGACCACUUGGAUGCCAGAUUUCACAUAAGCCUCAUUGCUGCAUUGGUUCUCACAGCCUGGGCUCCGUCCCAUCGAAUCAAACAUAAUGAGGGCAACAUUCCAUCAGAACGCAAGAAAGGCGCAAACAUGGUGGAGUAUGCACACAGCCUUGUAUGGGAUCAUGAAUAUUGGACAACUCAAUCAGGAUGGAAAGCCAAAGUGCCACUCUUCCACCUGUGGCUGAUCUUUAUCUCAGCCAUUGUAGUGGAGGAGAGUCCUUGGUGGCAAAGGGAGGAACGAAAAGUGCGGACUCAAUCAAUCAAAAAGGCAUCCCGUACACCUGAGCAGGAGGAGAAUACAAAUAUGAUGAGUGCUUUUCAUACCAAACUACAGCGGAAAGGAAUCACAGUGGCUAUCCUUGCCCGACUCAAUCUGGUGGAGGCCUGCAGUCCCAAUGCUUUCAAACCAGGAAGCCGCUUUCUGAAGGACUGGAAACUCCAUACAAAGGCAACGCUUGGAGCUGGGCUGGCAACGGUUUACAAGCACCUGGCACAACCAGCACACAUGUGUCCUGUGUUCUGUGCAGUGCGUCACUUCUUGGGUGAUGAGUGCCGCAGACUACACAUAGGAGAGAAAUUCCGGGUCCCAGCCUUUAAGAUGCGUGUCCCUUCCAACUCAUUGAGACACAAGGCUUCAGAACAAUCCCUACGUGAAGAUUCAGAGUCAUCAGAUGAUGAUGAUGAAAAUCCUGGGUUGCACAACACAUCUAGCCAAGUUUGUCCAGAGGUCAUACUAGCGCUUGCAAACAGGAAUACAACCUUACCGUAUGCAUCAGUUUGGAAAGAUGUGAAGAUAUACCAAAUGGGAAUUAUGAGUUUAGAAAAUGUGAAAAAAUAUGUCAAACCAGUCUUUUUUUUUCCUAUACAAGGAGCAGGAUCUGAGAUGCUAGGGGAUGACUGCUUUUGCUGGAAGUUUGGAAAUCCUACUACGACCAUGGGGGACUUUGGCAUCGACACGGGGUCAUACACCAACCCGAACCAGUGGGGGACAGGAGAAGCAGCUCGCGUUUGGGAGUUGUGCAAGUCGACACUAGUUGCCAUGACUGUUGCCACUCAAGACAGCGCCAAUUCUCCUGGCGGACUCCACGAUGGGGCACACACAGGAUGGCUUCAUCAUUUGAAGUUCCACCACAUUUCUCAGAGUUUUUCCCAAGUCGGACGCAUCGUUACCACGAUACACAAGCCCCUUCCUGAGCCAGACGACCAUUUAAACCACAUUCCUCUCACUUUCAUUUCGAUUUCCCCCGAGUGUUCACAGCGUCGCUGGUUCAAGCCCAAAGAGCUAAAGCCUCCCGGCCAGCUUGGAGUUCCCGCUUUUGAUGACGGUCCAGAGCCCGUGCACUCGCAUGAUGCCCCAGAGACAAGUCCAGUACACGACAGCGCUGAGCACAAGCUAGAAGAGCUAAGGCCGGGAGACCUUAGUGACGAGAAUCCAUUCAUUUUCGAACGCGAAGCCGAUCACGUUCUCCAGUACCAAGUUGCGCGCACGGCAAAAGCCUUGGUAUAG